GGUGAACUUCCUUCCAGCUUCCAUCAAACCCCUCAACAUUGGGAAGACAAUAAACUUCUAACAUCAAAACCCGUCUUUAUUGUGCUAUCUUCCAAUUCAGAGAGAGGUAACAAAUAUUGUCGAUGCACCGAAACCCUGAUACAUCCCGAUAGGAGUACAUACAACAUGGCGUCAGAAAAAGAUAUGAGGGAAUAUCUCCUCCCUUCAGAUACUCCUCCAAGAAAUCAACGACGCCGUUAUAGAGAUCACCUGACAUUCCUUCCACUUCUUGCCUCGGCCCUCUUCCUCACAAUGGUGAUCACCUAUUUCUCAUCCCAAUCCAUCCAUCGCUAUAGGGAAUCUCAGCUCACAGCUGGAUCUCUCCAUCAAUGCGCUUGGUCAUACCUGGAAAAAUAUGAGGAGCUUCUAGAUGUGAAACCGAUUGCUCGAGAGGAGUUUCUGGAGAGACAAAAGGUUUUGGCGGGGGUGUUGGGCGAGGAUGGGGUAGAUGCGUUUAUUGCGGAGCCGUCGGCUUCCACGGAGUAUUUUGGGAAUGUUUCGAGCGCGUUUGAACUUUCUGAGAGGCCGUUUUUGGUUAUUUUGGAUCGGGAGGGGGGAGCGACGUUGCUGGUGCCGAAGUUUGAAAGCGGGAGGAUAGGGGCUUUGGAUAUGGUUUUUGAGGAGGAGAAAAAGAGAAUUGUGGAGUGGAGAGAAGAAGAAAAUCCUUAUGAGGUGUUGCGUAGAGAGAUGGGGUUGAAGAAGGUGGUGUUGGAUGAACAUGUUCGGUUUAUGGUGGCGGCGGGAUUGCAGGAUGUGGGGGUGGAUGUGCAACUUAUGAGUUUGGAAAUGAAAGAAUUGAGAGCUGUAAAGAGUGAGACGGAACUGGAUAUCUUGAGGGGAGUAAAUGAGUUUACGGUACAACUGGUGAGGAGCUUGCAGAAAUGUAUCAAGGUGGGCAUGAGUCAGGAAAGUAUUGUGGAAGCUGCCGAGGGGCUUUUUACACAAGCGGGUGUUGGGGCUGGGUUUUGGUCGAUAAUUCUUUUUGGCGAACAGGCUGCCAAUCCGCACGGGGGUGGUAAGGGACGUGUUCUCAGGGAUGGAGAAUUUGUGCUGGUGGAUAUAGGGACUUCGUUGCACGGGUACGGGAGUGAUGUGACUCGCACUAUUCUCCCAUCGACAUCUACGGUUGACAAAGAAUUAAUGAAUAUGUGGCAUUUGGUAUACGAUGCACAGACAGCGGCGAUCGAGAAGAUGAAUAUCAACGAGACGUGUUCGGUUGUUGAUGAGACGGCCAGGAAUGUCAUUAAAGCGAAGGGGUAUGGAGAGUUUUUCACACAUCGGUUGGGUCAUGGAUUAGGGUUGGAAAUGCACGAACAUCCAUAUCUCAAUGGGGUCAAUGGGGAAAAAUUGAAGAAAGGAGAAGUAGUUACCAAUGAACCCGGAAUCUACAUAACCUCCUCCCAAGCUACCAAACUCGGCAAAAAAGUCGGCUUCGGUGUAAGAAUCGAAGACGCGGUUUUGGUCACUGAGAAAGGAGGUAGAGUGAUGACGGGAUCGCGUGCAAAAUCCCCCUAUGAACCUUGAGGUAUUGAGAUUAGAAGAAAAAACGUGCAAUAGAAAGUAGGGGACUUUGGAAGGAAACUUUGAUGUGUGUGAGGAUGAUGGUGUAUCAAUUAUUUAUGUAAGAUGGAUUGUAAAUGCGAGUUUAGAUAAAUCAUGAUAGACUGUAAGGGAAGAAAAUGGGGUUUAUACUCUAAAGGAUAAAAGUAUAUUUUAGACUUUAAAUCUUUGCAUUUUUUUUCCCCUUUCAGAUGUUGUGAUCGAAUUUGAAUGGAAAUGAAAUAUUGAGGAGAUGGAGAUUUCUAGCUUGAAUGUUUCAUUUUACAGUAAAUCUUCUUGUAGGUGAUUGAAUGAUAUA